AUGACUAGUGAUAAGGAUAUUGACCCCCUCGACCUCCCCAUCUGCACCACCUGCGGCACCCAGUUCUCAACUCCCACGCCGCCAAGUCCAUGUCCCAUCUGCGAUGAUCCCCGUCAAUACCUCCCUCCAUCUGGACAAGACUACACAACCCUCCGCGCCCUCCGCGCCCCCACCCACGAACCACCACUGAAGAACAUCCUCGCCCCACUGAACAAUACCAACACCAACACCAAGAUCUACACCCUCCACACCACCCCCAAACACUGCAUCGGCCAACGCGCCUUCCUCCUCCUCACUCCCCGCGGCAACAUCCUCUGGGACUGCAUCCCCUAUCUCGACGACGACACCAUCACCCAAAUCAACGCCCUGGGCGGUAUCUCCGCAAUCAUCAUCUCCCACCCGCAUUACUACGCCACGCAUUUAGUCUGGGCCGAGGUGUUCAACUGUCCGGUUUAUCUGUCUGUCGAAGAUAGGGAGUGGGUUAUGCGGCUAUCACCCCAGGAUUCCUCUGUACAGGGUGGUAGUGGUGGUAAGCAAAUCUUCUGGGAAGGUAAGGAGGUAGAGGUACUUCCCGGUAGUGGGGUCAUAGGUGUCAAAACAGGGGGCCAUUUCCCGGGGAGUUCGGUGCUUUGGUGGAAAGAUGAGCGGGUGAUGUUUCUGGCUGAUACGAUUGGGACGAUUCCUAGUGGGGUCGGGGAUUAUGGGAGUAGAGGGAGACGGGAGGGGACGGCGUCGUAUACGUUCAUGUGGAGUUAUCCGAAUAUGAUUCCCCUGCCGCCGGAUGAGGUACAUGGCAUUUGGAAGGCGAUUAAGCAUACCGAGUUUGAUCGGGCGUAUGGGGCGUUCAUGGGGAUGGAUACGGUGGGGAAUUGUAAGAAGCGUGUGUUGGAUAGUGCGAAGAUUUUUGUUCGGGCUAUGGGGUAUUUGGAUCAUGCGAUCCAUGAGGAGGAUUGUGCAUGA